AGCCGACGGUUGUGUUUUUUAGAAUCAAUUAAAGAAAUAUGCAGAAAUUUCUGAAUUUGUUGACGUUUUUUUUAAUCGUUGCGCCAAGAUGGACAGGGAGCGUACAAUUAAAUGAAGAUAUUCAGAAAAAAAUUGAAGAGAAUGAGAAAAAAAUAGGACAAUUGGAAGCUGAAAUACACGAGAACGAAAAAAGUCUAAACUUUGAUAAAGCAAUAAAUUCUACAAGAGAUUAUAUUUCAUCUUUGGAGAAUCAGUUAAAUCAGUGUCGAGAGCAGAGCAAAAAUCACUCAGAUAUUCUCCAGAUGAAAAUCAAUGAUAACGAAAACAAAUUAAAGAUUAAAGAUGAGAUUAUAGCUAAGCUAGAAACUACGAUAAAUGACAAUGUAUCACGCUUGUCUAGUCAAGGAAAUGAAAUCAAUAAAAAUAAUCAACAACUAGAGGAUUACAGAGAUCUAAUAGAAAGCUUGAAAUCAAUUAUAAAACCUUGUGAAAAUGUAACAUCAUUGCUGGAGUCGGGAAACAAUAAGAUUAAUCAGCAAAAUUCAAAGCUAGACGCAACGUGCUUGAAUUCUGUGAACGAACUACAACAGGAAAAUACAAAGUUAAAUUCACAGCUUCAGAACAAUACAAUGGAAAUAACAUAUCUCGAAAAUCAACUCACUGUUUGCGAAUUAAAUUACACAAAUUUAGCCGAAUAUCAGAGAGAUCAACAAAUAUUAUUAGUCCAAUGUCAAAAGAAUAACGAAGAUAUUCAAAAAACGAUUGGGGAUAGAAAAUUAAUCCAAAAUGAGCUAAAUGAUUGCAAAAAUUACCGCUCUGACAUCGAAAAUCAGCUAAGAGUCACUCAACUGAAUUCGACAGAUUUACAAGAAGAGCUGACAAACUUAAAUUCUUUUAAAGAAAAGUCCGUAGAAAGUCUUCCAGACUCCUGUAUAGGUUGGACAGCUGGUACUCUAAAGAUACAACUUCCAAAUAAAGAAAGUAGUAAUGUUCUUUGUGAUGAUGAUGGUUGGAUGAUCAUUCAGCGUCGGAUUAAUGGAGAACAAGAUUUUAAUAAAAAUUGGCAGGAAUACGUGAAUGGAUUUGGAGACAUAAAUGGGGAGUUUUGGAUUGGAUUGGAAAAACUGCAUCUGCUCACAAGCUCAGAACGCUACCAGCUAAACAUUUUAAUGACAAUUGAUGGAUAUACAAGUUUUGUUGAAUAUGAAGACUUUCGCGUAGGCAAUUCAGAGUCUCUUUACGAAUUGGAGUCACUAGGAAAAUUUAUAAAGGGAAGCAAAUAUCCAUUUACGAUAAAUUCGUUAACAGCGAAAGCAAAUAAGAAAUUUUCAACAUAUGAUAAAAAAAAUAAUUCAAAUACUUAUGAAAAUUGCGCUAAAAAUGGCAUGGGUGGCUGGUGGUAUUCUAAUUACUGUAGCAACAGCAACUUAAACGCCCCAUACAAUCGCGAAAUGGUUUGGUAUUUUAAUACAGUAACUUCCGCAACUAUGAAAAUUCGCCCAUACUUUAAUGGGUAUUGAAAGUAUCUCUUCUGUUUAAUACGUAUUAAAUGUAUUACAACAAUUUUAAUUUUCUUUUGCUAAUAUUGUAGAGCACAAUUUUUGCUUUAUAUGC